AUGAACGUGACAGCAACCACAAUCGAAGUCUUCGCCCAGCAAUUGAAAAGCCGAACAACUGUGGUUCAAAUGGUAGAAUCCUUUUUCCUGUUAAUGAUCAACCUUGUCUCCUUCCUUGGAAAUCUAUUACUUGGAAUCGCGGUCAUCAAAAACCCGAAUCUUCGUAGAACUAUUCCCAACAUGUACAUUAUAUCUUUGGCUGUUUCCGACUUCUUAAUGUCAUUGCUGGGGACUCCGUUUUCAGUAGCCUCUCUUAUCACAGGAAAAUGGCCGUUCAAUAAUCUCACUUGCCAGUUUCAAGGAUUCUGGAUCCUUUUCAUGUGCGCCGUGUCUUUGCAGACUCUAGCCGUCACCGCUGUGAACAGAUAUUUCCUAGUUGUUCGUUCUCGCGUGUUGUAUCAGAAAAUUUUCAAUAUGAAGACAACAAAAAUAACAAUUGCAAUUCUGUGGGUCAUGGCUCUCUUUGCACCCCUUCCGUAUGUCGUUGCUGGCCACGAUUUUUUUUUUCACACUGGCAAAGUCUUUUGCGCUCAUAACGCGGAAUCGUUGUACAAAGGCUACGGAGCUUAUUUGGUUCUCGUUUAUGUAGCCAUUCCUUUAAUCAUCAUUUUAACUUGUUAUACAAGAGUUUUUAUCGCAGUGCGGAAACACAACUUAAACUUUCGUCCCCGAAUCCGCUCUAAUGGCAAGAGCGGCAAGAACUCCUCGAACAGCUGCCUUUCGGUUGAAGAAGUAAACGUGACAUAUAUUCUGCUGGUUGUCGUCAUAGGUUUUCUAACCUGCUGGACACCUGUUUUAGUCAUUGAUAUGAUCGAUUUUAUAAACGGAGAUUGGAAGCUCAAGCGACCAGUCUAUGUGAGCUACACCUGUCUUGCCACUGCCAGCACUUCACUCAACCCCAUCAUAUACGGAGUCAUGAACCGAACCUUCCGUUCGGAAUACUUGAAGAUUUUUGGGGUUGUUAAAAGUUGGAAGUUUAGUACAACGCCAACAAAUUCGGACUAUGGAAAUGAGCCAGUGCGAACAGAUAAUGGCCCUAAAAAUAACAACACAACUCAACUUUAGAGAAAAACUGCCUUACUUAUUUUAAUCAGGUCGAGCGUGAGAAUCGAAAAGUAUAUCAGAACUUCCUGUAUUAUCAUCUAUUAAUAACUCCAAUCUAGUCUGAGGAAAAAUUAGCAAAUCAAAGCGCAAUAAAGUAGACUAAUAUUAUUCUUGAUCGCAAAAUUCACAGUGGUGCAGGAAGUUCCUUUUCGAAAGAAGUAUAUGCACUGCUUCAUCCUUUUGAAAAGGUUAGCUGGUAUAAAAUAAUAUUGUUCUGGAAAAAGUAAAUCUUAAGUGUACACAGCAAUCUUUCUUUUGCAAAGGAGCUCGGUUUUUAAUAUGAACUAAUCUUGGUCAUGAUGUAGCAAUUUCAGCAUUUUUUUAAAACUUUUUUGAAAGCAUUAUUGUUAGUCUCUUUAUCCUUGGAAGUUUUAAAACAGCAAGACAUCCAGAUCGAUGGCAUUUUUUUUCUAAAACAGGCAUAGUUACCUUGUAUAAUUAUGUUCUUCUAAUCAUUGUUGUAAGAAUACUAAAAUAAUUUUAAUUAUUUUAUUUAUAAAUUAUAAUAAAUUAGAUUUUAUUGUAAAUUAUUAAAAUAAUUUUAUGUGGAAUCAUUCUCCAACGACCCUCGUCUCCGGGCCUCUUAUGCUGUUUAAGUUAAUUGUGGGAGGAGGGGGAAGGGGGAACAGAUGUUUCCGAGUUGUUCGUUCAAUUCCCGCGUGUUGUAUCAAAAAAUCUUCAACAUGAAGACAACAAAGGUGACAAUCGCAAUUCUGUGGAUCAUGGCUCUCUUUGCACCCCUUCCUUAUGUUGUUGCAGGGCACGACUUUUUCUUCCACUCUGGAAAAGUCUUUUGCACAUAUGAUGCAGAAUCGUUGCAUGAAGGCUACGGAGCUUACUUGGUUCUCGUCUAUAUAGCUAUUCCCUUAAUCAUCAUUACAAUCUGUUACACAAGAGUUUUCAUCGCGGUCUGCCGACAUAAUCUUGUAGUUUUUCGGCAUAGAAUUCAUCCUUUAAACCUACAACUAAACUUUGGUCCCGAUAAUCCGAGAUUGUCCUGUCGAGGAGGUUAA